UAAUGGUGCCGUUACUCUGCAAAACCAAAGCAGCAAGGAAGAGACAGAGAGAAACGUUGCUAUCGUGAGCUCCUUCGGAAGCUUCAUUCAUUCCAUCAACAACAACAGAGAGAAUAAGAAACAAAGCAAAAAGAGGAAGAAACAAACAUCGAUGGCAAACUCGUAUACUUGGCUCUUCCUCGCGAUUUGCGCCACCGUUUUGCUCCUCUCAUCGUCGCCGACGGCGGAGGCGGGACCGCUGAGCAUGGAAAUGACGUGGAUGCCCUCCAUGGAAGAAGAGUUCCAGCUGGACAGCGAGAUCAGCCGGCGCAUCUUAGCCACCACGAAGUACAUAAGCUACGGUGCGCUCCAGAGGAACACUGUUCCCUGCUCUCGCCGCGGCGCCUCCUACUACAACUGCCAGCCUGGCGCUCAGGCCAACCCCUACAGCCGUGGCUGCAGCGCCAUCACCAGGUGCAGAAGCUAAAUUAUUAUUCUCUUUUUUUUUUUUUUUAAUAUUUGGUAUUCGCGUUUCGUUGUACACAUGGUGAUGAUAUUCAAUGUUUGUUUAUUAUUAUGUAUUGUCCUAUUGCCGAUAAAUAAUUACUAUGAAUGUCACUCAUUCAUCAUCAUUUUAUUGUUGUUAAUUACGAUUUACUUCUUAUAUUAUAUCCUUUGGUUUU